AUGGGGAAGGGUAAAGCGAAGGUCGUCCCUCAAGAGAGGAGGGACUUCAGGUCGGAACGAUUUAACAAUAGUAGCAGACUGAGAAGAGACUAUACGAAGCAGCUUGGAUCCACUGGGGCUCAGGCAGUUUGUACUGUAUUCCAAGAACCGCUUCACAAAAUCCUAGAGAAGGUGAAAUAUGAACCUUUCUUUCAGUGGCCGAACAAGAUGGCUGGCGAUCCUUCGAAGCGCAAUCAGAACCUGUAUUGCGCAUACCAUCAAGAGCCAGGUCACACCACUGAUGAAUGCAGGAACCUAAAGAACUAUUUAGAUCAACUUGUCCGAGAAGGGAAGCUGAGACAUCUGCUGCAUCGCCCUGAAGGAUGGCAGGAACCGUCGAACAAUGAAACCAGGCAAAAUACGUUGAGGCCACCCAUUGGCACAAUUAAUGUCAUUCUCGCCGCACCUGGGAGGACAGGCUCUGCCCCCUUCAGGGUAAUGUCAGUGAGCAGUUUCCCAAUUGAGCCAGAUGGCAGGGACCCCAAGAGAGCCAGAAUGAAUGCCACCCCGUUAAUCGGGUUCACGGAGGAAGACAAGCAAGGGACUAUUCAACCCCAUGACGAUGCCCUAGUCGUCACACUCAGAAUAGGAGGUUAUGACGUGAAGAGGGUAUUAGUUGAUCAAGGUAGCGCCGUGGAGGUAAUGUAUCCUGAUUUGCAUAAGGGGCUGAGCUUGAAGCAGGAAGACCUGUCGCCAUACGAUUACCCCCUGGUCAGCUUUGAAGGAAAAAUCGUUAUCCCGAAAGGCAUGAUCAAGUUACCUGUGCAAAUAGAUUCAGACGUGGUAGAAGUGAACUUCAUUGUCGUAGAUGCAUACUCCCCCUACACCGCUAUUGUGGCCCGGCCAUAG